GUCUUUGCAUUUUCUAGCGUAUUUACUUCUCGGGUGAUAUCAGUGGUAGCCAAUGAGCUACACAUAUAUCUGUUUGAUCAAAACUAUUGCUGAGAGAAAUUAUUUAGGCAGGUCGCUGUAUAUUAGUACUAGCGCCCCUAAAUUCUAAACCUUGGCUGAUCAGAUCCGUGCACUUUAUUCUCUGACAAAACAGAAAGGAACCGAUCGGGAUCACUUCCAUCCGGACCGGACGCGGCGUUAUCGGGCAUGUCUGUGCGCGUAGCGCUGCUCAUCCCAUAAUUGCCCCGCCCUGCUUCUGCACCAGGGCAGCAGACCUCUACCUGUUAGACUGCGCCAUCACUGGCCUAUCCUUGGCAACCGGUGCCACGGUAACCUGAGUCUCCUCCUCCACUUCCUCCCAGUCCGGACACCAGAAUGCAUGCAGCGAGGACACACAGCAUCAGCACUUUCGUGAGUGUGCGUGGCCGUGUGCGAAUGUGAAUUAUUGAUGAGGACGCAGCCUCAGAAGGUCUUGUCGGGCCGUCCUGUGAGUGUAUGAGGUUGGAAGGGUGUGAGUGUGUUUAUGUCUGUCAGUAGAGAUGGGGGAGAAGAGUGCAGUGCACCAGCAGAAACAGCCUCCUUACGAUGGACUGUGCAACUACGCCCAAAAAAUUACGUCCUGCUUCGGAUUGGAUGUGGCCCAUGCACAGGAAGCUCACCAACAGACGGAGAAGCCUUUGAUACGCUGUGCUAAAUGUGGGGAGGUGUGCAAGGGAGAGGUGUUACGAGUGCAGGCCAAACACUUCCACAUCAAGUGCUUCACAUGCAAAGUAUGUGGUUGCGAUCUGGCUAAAGGAGGAUUCUUCAUGAAGAAUGGAGACUAUCUGUGCACUCUGGACUACCAGCGCAUCCACGGCACCUGCUGUAACAUCUGUGGAGAGAUUGUGGAAGGGGAGGUGGUGACUGCACUCGGGAAGACCUACCACCCAAAAUGCUUUGUGUGCACAAUCUGCAAGAGACCAUUUCCUGCUGGAGACAGAGUGACGUUCAAUGGCAAGGACUGUCUGUGUCAGUACUGCGCAGAGCCCAUGUCUCCAGGACCCACCAAAGAUGCUGUGGGACCCAGCAGUUGUGCGGGUUGUGGCAGAGAUAUUAAGAACGGUCAGGCUCUGCUGGCUCUAGAGAGUCAGUGGCAUUUGGGCUGUUUUAAAUGCAAGGCCUGUGCCAAAGUAUUGACUGGGGAAUACAUCAGCAAAGAUGGCACCCCCUACUGUGAGCGUGAUUAUCAGCUCUUGUUUGGAGUGCAGUGUGAAGCAUGUCAGCAGUUCAUCACUGGGAAAGUCCUGGAGGCUGGGGACAAGCACUACCACCCCAGCUGUGCUCGCUGUAGCAGGUGUAACCAGAUGUUCACUGAAGGAGAGGAGAUGUACCUGCAAGGAUCAACAGUUUGGCAUCCAGGCUGUAAACAUUCGCCCAGAGGCGAGGAGAGACAGAGGCUAUUGCCUGCGUCUCUAGCUCUCCUCAGCAAAACAGAAAGGCAGCCGACACGCUCGUCGUCCGAGAGUAUAUGUUCCAGACCUGGUUCAAGCAUACCUAGCUCACCGGGUCACACCAUUUAUGCAAAAGUAGACAAUGAGAUCCUUGAUUACAGGGAUUUAGCAGCCAUUCCCAAGGUCAAAGCCAUUUAUGACAUUGAGCGUCCAGAUCUAAUCAACUAUGAGCCACUUUACACCACCUCACUGGAUGAGUCAGAGGAGAGAGAGAGUGUGGGAGAGCUACAGAGCUCCAGGAGAGAGUGUUCGCCCAUGCCAGAAGACAGAACCAGGUCACCCACACCAACUGCUGAGGGUUACUACGAGAUGCGAGAACGAAUACUUCAUCGGUCAACAAGUCAAGGCUCCAUUGGCUCGCCCAUUUACAGCCGCCACAAUUACACUCCCACCCUGUCACGCUCCCCACAGCACUUCCACAGACCCGGCACUGAGCCGUCCAGUGGUCGGAGUUCCCCAGGGGCCAGCACCCCUCCUCUCCUUCUGACUCCCAAACAUUUUCACCUGCCAGAUCAAGGAGUAAACAUCUACAGAAAACCCCCUAUCUACAAACAGCAUGAUUCAGCUGCCUUUGCAGCCCAAAGCAAGUCUGCUGAUGACAUCAUCAAAUCGGCCAAAUUCCCCUCAGCGUACACCCCUGGUCCAGACUACCCAGCAAAGAUCGAGACAGACUGCUGGUCCUUCCCGAUCUUCCAUGCUGCCCUAGGAACCGACGGGAGGAGAAGGUCAAGAGAGGAGGAUGAGGAGGAGCUCCAGAAACGCAGACAGAUUCAGGAGGAACAUCUCAACAAGAUCCAAUCUGGUUUGGGGAAAAUGAUUCUUAAGGAGGAGAUGGAGAAAGAGAUGAUCCGAGAGCAUCAUGCACGGAGCCUGUCAGCACAGCGCUACGAACAUGGAAGCAAUAGAAAUUCACCCUCUAAAACAGGCUCACUGCCUGGAUAUGGGCGUAUUGGACUGCAUCGGCCUCAGUCGACUGAUUUCACUCAGUAUAACAGUUAUGGAGAUGUAUGUGGUGGGAUGAGAGAGUUUCAGCCCAUGCAUGAUGGCCACCGUCCAGCCUCCAGAAUGGACAGAGGAGUGUCUAUGCCCAACAUGCUGGAACCAAAAGUAUAUCCAUAUGAAAUGCUUGUGGUAACCAGCCGCAGUCGCUCCAAACUGCCCAGAGAUGUGGACAGAACCAGACUAGAGCGCCAUCUGUCUCCGGAGACGUUCUUUGAAAUCUUUGGGAUGGCAAUUCAGGAAUUCGACAGGUUACCUCUGUGGAAACGGAAUGAACUGAAGAAGAAAGCCAGACUCUUCUAACGUCUGCACACACUCACAUGAUGUAUCAUCCAGCUGUUUACUCCCCUUCUGUUAUUUCUUGCAUAUGGUGUCAGUUUAUAAAGAACAGAGGGUCUAAACAUCUCAAAAUUCUCAAAUCUCUCUCUCUCUCUUUCUCUCUCUUUGUCUCUGUCGCUUUAACUUCCUCUCUUCCAGAAAUAAGUCUGCCUCUCUUUGUUCUUUGUUUCUUCUUGGAUAUCUUUGUAAAUCAUGUUCAUGCAGGUCGGAUUAUCCAAACCUUUGUAAAUUUGCAGUUAUAAUCCUCUUAAUUCUGUUCCAGUAAAGACUCCUCCAUUUGCGUCACUUUUGGUUCAGGGAGGGAUUGUAGAUGCUACGCUGUGUCUUUGUACCUGUUCAUGUAUGCAUACAAAGAGACUCCAUACUAGCAUAUAUCCACGUAUUCACCCUUAGCUACUCUACCAGACUCCAGUUAACAUCUGUUAAUUAAAGGUCAGGUGUUUCAUUUCUGUGCCAAUAGAAUUGAAAAAUGAUUGUUCGCUGUUGAACACAUGUCCAUCAGUCAAACCCACAUCAUUGGUUACUGGUUUCUCAAACUGGUCAUUUUUCCAUUUGGUGCCACUAAUUGUUCAGAGGUGACACACUUCAUCUUUAUGCUUUCUGAUACUGAUUAAACUGUUGAAUCGA